AAAAUAAUAUACACAGUUUUCUGUGUACUUGAUCUGAACUUUGUUUUAUAAUAAUACUCAUAAAGCACAUGUGAUCUUGAUGUCUUUAUAAUUAAACUUGACCGUCCAUUAGUACGUCGGAGGGUAUGGAGACAAUAAAAAGCUGUUGAUUGUGAGGAAGAUGACAACCGCCUUUCAUAUAACAAGCGUAAAUGCCCGAGGCAUUCCGCUUGUGACAUAUUUUUACUUUCUUAAUCACUGGAUAAUUGUUUAUGUGAGCUCGUGUUUACUUUUUCUUAUAUUUUUUUUGCGUAUUGUCUCGCAUUUUCGUUCUCUGUGUACAUGGAAAAUAUGUCUUUAAGGAUGGAUAAAUGAAAUCUACAAAGUGUACAAGUGUAAACCAGAACGAAAUUCCUGUGUCAAGGUUUGUCCUGCGGAGCCAGAGCUGAAUGAAAUAUGAAUAAUAAACAAGUUUCUGAUUAGAUGUUUAAAUUUUGCUUGAAAUAUGUAUAUGUUUCAUAUAAUUUAGACGAAGGUUAUCCAAAGACAAGGCUAUCCAAAGACGGUCUGAAUCAACUUCCGCCGAGAAUGGAUUAAAAGGAAAUAAAUGUGCAUGUUCUGAAAAGUAAUGAUUUCAACAUUCAUAUGUUACACAGUUUAUGGAGAGAUUUAUAUUUCUCAGAAACAAUUAUGAUUAUAAUUGAACUAUUUCUUUUAAAACUAAAAUAUGGAAAUCAAUGCUAGAUGCAAAUAAAUUCAGGCGAACGUUAUUAUGCAUAGUCUAAAGACAAUGAUGAAAAUGGAUUAAAUAAAUGAUUCAAAUGAAUCUAUUAUAGAAGUUUUCAGAGUCAGAAGAUAUACUAUGAAACUAUGGUACCGUUGAUGUACGCAAGAUCUUUGAAAAAACUUGUAUUCCACAGAAAAUGUCUUAUUCUACUAGUGGUAAUCACAGCUCCAUUCUUCUUGCUUACUUAUGCAAGAAGAGGGAACACAUUGCUGAAGAACGAUCUAGCACGGGACAGUUCAGAGUACUCGGUCAAUAUGAGGAAGCAGUUAACUUACAAUGAAGAAGAAUAUUCGGUCGUCGGCGAUCGAUUCAGGAGAAGACGGGAACAUUUACAAUCUCAGUGUAAUAGUAUGCAAGGUUAUUUUGAGAUUCAAAACUCUGAAAAUGCCGUCAAAGAACAUUUAACUAUAGACAAGAAGAACAAUUUGGUCUAUUGUGCAAUUGAAAAGAUCGGGUGUACCUUUUGGAAAAGGGUAUUUCAGAUCAUCAGUGGUUUUAGAAACGUGACAGAUCCAUUUCAAAUUCAGGGUAUUCGUGCAUACGAGGGCUAUCUUACGGCCAAAGGUAUGCCAUUUGAUAGAAUACAUUACAUACUCAAACAUUCAACGAAAUUCAUGUUUGUAAGGGAACCAUACGAGCGCCUGUUGUCCGGCUACGUUGAUAAACUGUUCGCUCCAAACGCCGCUUAUUGGUCUUUCAUUGGUACUUUCAUAGUGCAGCAGUUCAGACAAAACGGAACGACACGUGAACAGCGAUGUGGUGAUGACGUCACAUUUGAGGAGUUUGUGCGAUAUUUUAUUCAUUCUCAGCAUAACAAUAUGAGGCGUGACGCACAUUUUGUGCCAAAUUUUGAGCAUUGUCGGCCAUGUGAAAUAGACUAUGAAUACGUAGGUAAGCUCGAAACAUUUGAAGAAGAUACAUUAUACCUGUUGAAGAAACUUAAUCUGGAUGAUAAAGUUAAAUUUAAUAACUUCGAACGAGAAACAGAAAGGGACGCCAUUAUUGAUGCCGCAGACUAUGUUUUUUCUAUGCAAAGGGCAAUUAAUCGUUGUAUGACAAUGCACGAGGCUUUAUUUCGUGCUUACAGAAAGUUACAAAUUCGGGGAAUAAUCAGUAAGCAUGUUCCGUUUCCAUUUGCAAAGGUCACAAAUAGGGAGAUCGGAAUAAAUGAAUAUAAACAAGCGCUUUUAGCGGCGCAUGAAGAAUCAGGACCAUCUUCAAGCCGGAAGACAAACAGAAAAGAAGCCUUUUUGGAGGCCUACUCAAAACUACCUCAGGACCUAAUGAUGAAAUUAAAAGAAGAUCUAAGUAUUGAUGCAAACUUAUUCGGCUAUGAAACUUAUCCAGAGAGUCUUAAGAAUCGAGAGGCAUAUAAAAGUGAUUUCCAGUAUUUUCAGAUAAAGCAAUAAAAGAAAAAUGCCUAUUGUAUCAAUAGUUUACAUGUAACUAAUUUUUGUAAUAAUGAUAAGAUGAAGAAAAAGAAUGAUGUUUUGUCAAACUUUGUUAAUGGAGCUUGUAAUACCGGUAACUUGCGUGUUAUUGACAGCAAUAACUGUGCGGACCUCGGAUUUCUAAACCUUGGGAACAGCAUCAGUUUUGUAACAAUUUGGUGCCCUCACCAUUGCAGGUGAUUGUACUGUCUACAAUAAGUUACCACAAUUAUAUAAA